ACGCCCCCCAAUCAACAUGGCUGCUUUGCACUGGUGUGCCUCUGGGGCUCUCUCCCUUGCAUUGGAGGCUCAAAUUAGCCACCAUGUGGAAGAAUUGGAGAGGCAGCUUCACUCCUCGGCCUCUGCAAGUGUUUGCAAAGCUCUCCGGGCGUCGUGGCGUGAGCUACAGGCAGGAAACACUGGGCUAUCGGGGCAGUGGACCCAGGUAGCUCUGGACUACAGCUGGGAGAGACUCAACAUGGGACACUGGGAGGACGUGAGCGUGGAGUGGAGAGAGGUGUAUGCCACAGCUGCUCUGCUGAAAGCUCUGGGACAGGCGAGAAGUGGAGAGGCUAAGAGAGCCAUGGAGAUAUUGGACAGAGGAAUACUGUUGGGAGCACCUGUUCUUGACUCAGCUCUGCAUAAAUUUGCAUCGUCUCUCACUCUCACUAUGAGGACUGACAGUAAGGCAUCUUUAACUGGUUCAACAGGAGAUGAAAAAUCAAAAAGUUCUGCAAAAGCUGGUAAAAGGAUUGUUUUCCGGAAUUAUAAACCCCUUGGUGGGCCCAUCAGUGAAGACCCAGUUGAGAACAAGAAACCCAGAGUUGAGAUCAAUGUUCACGAUCUGGUGUCGCGGACAGCCAAUGUCCCACUGGUCGACCCUCAGUGUCGAGUUCCUCUCGUCUACCUGCCACCUCUCGACGUCUUCCGUCAGAACUACAUGAUACCUCACACUCCCGUGGUCAUCUCUGGGGUCCUCGACACAUGGCCUGCAUACUCUGCCAGGAAGUGGAGUCUAGAGUACCUGAGACGUGUGGCAGGACCUCGAACGGUGCCAGUGGAGAUCGGAUCUCGCUACACUGACAAGGAAUGGACCCAGAAACUCAUGACCUUCUCCGACUUUAUCGACCACCACAUCCUCCAACAGGAGAAGAGCCCCGAGAGGGGAUACUUAGCUCAACAUCUACUGUUCCAGCAGGUAAUGUAUCGUUUGUAAAUAUGACUACUAGUGGAUCUACUCCGUCUUGGUAGUUACUCCGAAGAAGGAGUAACGAAUACCUCUCUACAAAGGACACUUGCCCAUACUAAAUAUACUCUGAAUAAAGGACACUUCUUCUCAAAGGGACACUGUCAGUGGCCCAAACUUUUCAGAAGUUUCACUGUAAAAUGAACUUGUGAUCACACAACACCUUUUCCUGAAAGGAACAGGAGAGGAAAUUUUUUUCUUUUUCUGAUGUCAGAUUCCUGAACUUCAGGAGGACAUCAAGAUCCCAGACUACUGCUGUAUCAGGGAGGGUGUCACUGGUGGUGAGGUGUGUGAGAGUGGUGAAGGUGGAGGGUGUGAGGCUGGUGACGGCAGUGAAGUUGGUGAGAGAGUGAAGAUCAAUGCCUGGUUUGGUCCGGCUGGGACAGUGUCACCUCUGCACUUUGACCCCAAACACAACCUCCUUGCACAGGUGGUGGGGAGGAAAUAUGUGAAGCUGUACAGUGAGGACCAGUCGCUACUCCUCUACCCGUUCACAGGGCUGCUAACCAACACCAGUCAGGUGGACGUGGAGUCUCCAGACCUCACAAAGUACCCAGAGUUCUCGAGGGCUGAGGCCAGGGAGUUCCUCCUACACCCUGGACAGACUCUCUACAUCCCACCCCGAUGCUGGCACUACGUCAGAUCAAUUGAUAUCAGCUUCUCCGUCAGCUUCUGGUGGGACUAAGCUACGCUAUGCACGUCUUGCACCAACUCGCAAAUUUUGACUUUGAAUUGUGGACUAGCCAUCACAACUUCAUUGCCAGGCCGUAUCAUUUUCCAUCUGUGUACCCAUUGCCUGCCUAUUAUAAGCAAAGUAUAGUUUUAAAAAACCCUC